CCGAAUUGAGCCUCACGCGUGCGGCAGGAUGGAAGUGGCGAUGGCGGCAUCCAAGCCACCCGCAGCGCCGGCUCGCAUGUCGUACGUGGACAUCUUUCAACUCCUGCACUCGGAAGACUCGAACAAGACGGCCAAGUUGGUUGCUGAAUACGAAGCUGUUCGGGCGGACAUCAAGGAGAAUGGAGCAUCCGGUGACGAGUCAAGCGGGGGCGACGAAGACGAUGAUUCUGCCACGACUCCCACUCGAUCCAACUCGUCUGGGUCGUCCUCCCGACGGCACCCCGACAAACCCAAGCGCUCCUUUUCCCAAAUGUCGUCGGAUGAUCGACCUUACCCUCGUGGACGCAUUCCGGCUGGGUCCGGCCGUCAGCCCAGGUUGAAGAAGUCCAAGUUGAUGCAAAAGAUCACAGGGCGGAAGAAUGCGCGGCCGGUGCCGAUGCCCGGCAUGUCGUAGCGACCAAUUCGAGUUGCCUCCUUCCAUGACCCCUUCCAACAUGACGAAUAUUUAUAUUCAACUUAUUCCUCGUCGUAAUCGACUUCGCACUCGUCG